AGGGUUUUCUGCAUCAACGAGUUCUAGGAUGACAUCACUGUGUCCAUUUGUAUUGGACUACUCUUGGCAGAAUGUUCUGUGUAUUGGGAGGGCGGCCAUAGGUAGAAGCCAUUCCAUUCACGCUGUUUCGUCGAGUAUUAUCAGAGUGAUUUUCGCAUUAGAAGCAGCACAUCCAUCCCCAUUGGGUUAAAUAUAGAAAGGCUUCUCAUGCCGACCGACUUCCAGAGUCAGAGUCCAUGAAUGAAAGUGUUCACUCCAAGGUGAAGGAACAGUACAAGUUGUCGCCGCUUCCAUUUCUACUGGGAUGCUCUUGGGAGUUGGGAGUGAAAGAAUUGGCAAUGAUGGUCUUCUCGACUCUACGAAAUCGAAUACCUGAAUUAAUGUAAGAAUACAAUCACGAACCAAGAAAACCAGAUCAUUGCCAUAUUAUCUAAAAGAGAAGAGAAGGGAAGAGAGAUAAUGAAUUAACAGGGAUUGAGAAGAGAAAGUGUUUGACAGAGAGAGUUGCCGGCAGGAUAAGGGUUUCGGCGGUUGCAGGCAAUGGAGAGAGGGGGAGAGAGAGAAGGGUGGGUCUUGAAUUUAUUUAUAUUUUCUAAAUGUUGAAAAUGGAGACGGAGGUGGAAUCUUCGCACGCUUACACGGGAUCGGGGGCUCGUGCUUAGGGACGGAUGUUUCUCUCUCGCACUCGGGGAAAAUAUUAAGGCAGUACAGAGAGGGAAAAGAGACGAUAGCAUCCCGUCAUCUCCACCGUUAGAAGGGAUGAAGUACGAGGGCUGAGCUUGAGAAUCAUCCGUUCAUGUUGAUCGUUGAAUAUUUGGUCUUGACUCUUGACGGUAAAUCCAGCAAUAAAGAAGACCAAUCAACUUGUUCAUUUCUACCUGGCCCACGGGAAAGAAAACUUUAAGGAUCUCCACGAGUCGGAUUGUCUUGCUUUCAGAGUUCAUUUCUGAAACCCAGAACUCCGUCGAACUUGCGAUUCGCCAAAGGAAAAAGAUAUUAAUAAGACAAUCUUGUACUUGGUUCAGGUUUCCUUCUCCGAGACUGUGUUUUAGGGUUUCGAAUAGCUUCUUAUUCUUCCAGAGUUCUACAGUUAUUCCUUUUCAUUUCAUAAAUAAAUUGUGUUUAUAUAGAAGAAUCAGGGACGAUUUGAGCUGACUCAAAGUCUCAAACCUACUGCAAAUAGAAGACAAUCAGUCUUCAUCUAAUAGAAUAUCUUCUUGCUGUUGAUAUGGUUUUGGAGAUCUCCGGAGCUUUAUUUUUUAUUUCGAGGCAACUGUUUUGAACUAGAUGGCAGAUCGUUGUUGGAUUGCUUUUUUGGCGGCACUUUCGUGUCUGUUUGGAGUUCUCAACGCCAGUGCUGGGGACUCCGAUCCACUUUACAAGGCUUGUUUAGAGCAGUGUGAGAAGACUGGUUGUGUUAGGGACUUGUGUUUUCAGCACUGCAGAUUCUCAUCUGAUGGUGUCCCUAUUGAUGGUCCAUGGUACAUGCAGGAACCACUUUAUUUGAGGUGGAAACAGUGGGAUUGUCAGAGUGACUGUCGGUACCACUGCAUGCUUGACAGAGAGAGGGAAAGAGAGAAACUGGGGAAUAGGCCUGUCAAAUAUCAUGGAAAGUGGCCUUUCCAGCAUGUCUUUGGAAUUCAGGAGCCUGUUUCUGUGGCGCUUUCUGCAUUAAACCUUGCAAUACAGUUCCAUGGAUGGCUGUCUUUUUUCAUUUUGCUGUACUACAAAUUGCCUCUGAGGCCAAAUAAAAAAACAUUUUACGAGUACACUGGCUUGUUUCAUAUCUAUGGGCUCUUAUCAAUGAAUUCCUGGUUCUGGAGUGCUGUUUUUCACACACGAGAUGUGGGUCUAACAGAGAAGCUACACUACUCUUCAGCUGUGGCAUUCCUUGUUUAUACCCUUAUUCUGGCCAUACUAAGAACGUUUAAUGUGAGGGAUGAAGCUGCUAGAGUCCUGGUUGCGGCCCCAUUGAUUGCAUUUGUGACAACCCAUAUCUUAUAUCUCAACUUCUAUAAACUUGACUAUGGUUUGAACAUGAAAGUGUGUCUUAUCAUUGGAAUAGCUCAGCUUCUCCUGUGGGCUGUCUGGGCUGUUCUGGCUCACCAUCCAUCACGGUUGAAAUUGUGGAUAGUUGUCAUGGGUGGAGGCCUUGCUAUGCUCUUGGGGGUAUAUGAUUUUCCUCCACACCGGGGAUUUGUGGAUGUUCAUGCUCUCCAACAUGCUGCCACCAUUCCUUUAAGCUACCUCUCGUGGAGCUUCAUCAAAGAUGAUGCAGAGUUCAGGACUUUGAAUCUUGUUAAGAAGGUAAAGUAGGUCAUAUUGAUCCUUUUGAUGCAAUCAUCAUAUUAUGCUAACUAUUAUCCACCCACUGUUGUAUUAAUUGAAAAUGUAUUGUUCCUUUCUUUCCUCCAAAAAGGUUUGUAUAAAAUUUCAUGUGUCAAAGGAUUACUAAUGAGGGUUUUAUGAUUGAUUUUUUUUUUCCUUAAUUGAAAAUAGAUCCCAUUUCAUCA